UUCCUUAAGGCAUUUCGUCGUGAUGAAGCUGAACGAUUACCAAAUGAUUCUCAUAUUGCCACCUAUCUUUGGCAUUGCAGUCCCUCUGUUUAUUGCCCUUGUCAUAGUAUCGCUAGUCUUAAAUAGGGACCGUAGGGAACGUCUCCAGCGCUUCGCUCUUAGUUACGUAUUCAGAGAGAUUUUCAAGGAGGAGCAGAAGACCGAUGGUUCCAGAGAGACAACGUUUCUGUUUAAAGGAAUCGAUUUGGUGGCCGAUAGAGAAACCUUGUCAAAGCUUUUACACGCAUUUUUCGUGUUGCUUUUUACAUUUGCCAUUAACGUGUCGACCCUGUUUUGGCAGCUUCUUCUGCUCGACCUGAGUUACAGCUGUAAUGAAGACUACAGUAAGGAAUGCUUCGAACUGAACCCGAAACACGAACACGAUGAGUCGCUUCCCGUGAACUGCAGUAGUGCUGCAGUCCAGAAUGGAUCUCUCCAGCUGUCUUGUCGGAUAACUGGGUCUCGUAUAUUCAGAUGAUAAGCGUUAUGUCAUCUUCCUGCACUCUCAUAUUCUACCCUCCGUGGAGAAAAGUCAUCAGACCAGAACCGAACGAAAGUAACGACGGUGGCGAGACGGGCAUGGCAGAAACUAUACCAUUACUGUCUUAGAAAACUCGGCCCAAUUUAUGCUUGUACAUCUGUAAAUCUGUAGCUUGUUCUACAACCUGAAAACAUGUGACAUUAUUUUAACACUGACACUCGUGAACACCGUGCAUAUUUUGCUUCUUACUUUUCAUGGGUAUGCUAGCGUAAACAUAGUCUCCCUCGAGAUGACGUUUAGUUUUUCUGAAGCAAGCAUCGUUCACAUUUAUAAUAGUCUUAAAGGGCAGCUGGUAUAAAAAGCGCUCACUGACGAGAACAGUUGUGAGAUGUACUUUGCUAUUGAAUUUGAAGUCUCAAGACAAAACGGAAUAUGCCAAAUGAACACAUUUCCGUGACAUUUAUGUUAAGGUAUUAUACCUUUGUUUGUUUAUCGUUUAUAUCUCUGGUUGCAAAUUAUUAGAAUAAAGUAUUUCAUUGACAGAUUUUGCUUACAACGCAUUUUAUUUCUUGCGCAUUGUCAUCACUUAGACGU